GACCGCGGCGGCAUUUCUCUGGCGUGUUGAAGGAACGGGACUUGAUGGCCAUGGCUCGUCGACGGCCCGAUACGUGGCCGAUGGUCGAGUCAUGUCUUGGUUAUCUGAAAGAGCAUGCGACGGGUACCGUGAGAUCGUCGGAAGGGCGCCAGGCUGCAGACGUGGUGGCUGCGCUCAAGGGAGGCCACGUGCGGUGGCAUCACGAUGGUAGCGACUCCGCUUUAAUCGACCCGGCUGUUGUGUGGACCGCGUUGGACCUGCUCCUCCUUGACCCGUGCUGCAACUUGUACUUGUUUCCGCCCAACUUGUACCCGACUCUGGUCCGUUUACAUUCUUGUGACGACGCUCCUGAUCUUGAGAAGCUCAAGGCGUUGCUGCACUCACCGCCUGACCAUACGAAACACCGAUUUUUCCAUGUCAUGCACGUAUUGCACGAGAUUUGGACGAGAACGGGGUCGGCCAUGACGGAGUGCGUCGAGCGAUUCGCGCCUCUACUGUUCCGGGAUGGCGUCAGCGCCGUCCGCUCCAUCAGCCACAUGGAAGGCAUGCACGCUGCCAAGAGAUGCUUUGCGGCGGUCCUCCUCCACAUCGACUUUAUGAGUCGUGAUGAUGCAACUGAAGUGUUUGACGCGCUGAUUCAAGACACAGUCCACGCUGUAUUGUUUCCCGAGCCACGUGAACAAGUUGUCUCGUUGCUGCCACCAAGUGAGCGUGAGUCUGCUGCGCUCGAUCCAACACAAGAGCAACCAUUCCAAGAAACUCUUACCGUUGUCCGAGAUCGAAACGAGCUUGCUGCGGUCAAGUUGCAAGCGCUGGUGCGUGGGUGGCUUUGCCGGCGAUGGUCAGUCCUCGCGCUGUUGUUCCGACCGAAUUGGUCCGUGCCACGGCAUGGUGACGACUUCCGGCAGCUUCCAACCCAGCCUUGCCGUCGCCUGUACUUAGCCUUGACCAAGCAGGUCCUCCUUUGGCCAGUCGACAAACUGCAACGAGAAAAGGCUCAUGUCAAAGCGCGAUUGAAGUCGUUUGACAAACAAUUCCAACUAGCCCACGGGCGGCGCCCAUCGAGCGUUGCAGAAAAAGAGUCGCUGCGGCAGUUCUACGAGCUGUACCACUUCCUCGGGCUCAUCAUGGACUACCAGAUCACGGACGCAGCCGACCCGUCCAACGAGUGCGUGGACGGCACCGCUGUCUUGCACGUCAUGGAUGGUGGAUGUAGGGUACGUGGACGUGUGGUCGAGAUGUCGCGAGAGAGACUGGAAGCCAAGAAAGCGCGGCUCCACAUGCGCCUCGUCCUCUUUGAACGGCACUUUGAACUGUGCUGCAAUGAGCCUGUGUGGCAACAAGUUGGCACUGCGACGUCGACGUGCUGACCGCGACGCGCUUGUAGGUGCACAGUGAAGAUGACUAUGGCCACCUCCGGUCGUCCUAUAACGAAUACAAGAAAUUGUCGGGUUUUCUUGCACAAAACCAAGAGCCCCACGAAUAGAACCAAGCCCACCACCCACCUUAAGGUUGUCAAGACAAAAUUCCCCUGUUACCACAA